UAUGAUGGCCCUGGCUCUGUCUGUGUUUGCCGAUGCCGUGCCCCUCGCCAUUGCUGCUUUGAAGACUGACCCUCCAGCCCAGCUGCCUCCCAGCUGUGGCUUUACCUGGCCCUGUCACCUCUGGCUCCCCAGCUGGCCAGGGUUGAAGAUGGGAGUGUAAGAAGCUCCACCUCCUGGACAGAGUGGGGUCAAUUUUCCCCUUAGCCACCGUCCUCUCCCCUCUCUGACGUCUUCCUAACUGGCUGGGGCGAUUCGGGGGUGAUUCCGGCACCCUACACACCCCUGGAUUUUCUAGAAUGGCAAGGGAUGGUAUCCCCCGGCCACAUGCACAGGUGGUCAGGGGGGAGGUUAUAGCAGACGUGUGGGGGGAACCUGACUGCCCAGGGUUGUCAAGCAGAGAGGGGCGCUGGGAUCUGUGGAGCCGCUCGGCCUCGCCUCCCACCUGUACUCCAUCCCAGCUGAGCCCUGCAGCCUGGCGCUGGGCCAGCAGCAGGCUGAGCAAGUCCCAGGGGCGUGGUGGUGACCAGCGGUGGAAUCAGCCUACAUUAGCCAGGCAGUCGGCAAGGCAGCACAAUUCACCGGCGACAGCUGAGCUGGCGGCAGCCGGAGCCCGGGAGGCAGCGGCCAUGAGCUCGGUGCUGUACUAUGCCCUGCCCGCCCUGGGCAGCUAUGCCGUGCUCUCCAUCUUCUUCCUGCGCCGGCCUCGCCUGCUGCACACACCCGGGGUUCCAGCCUUCCGGCCCCGCCUGGGGGCCCACCGGGGAGGAUCUGGAGAGAGGCUGGAGAACACCAUGGAGGCCAUGGAGAACGCCAUGGCCCAGCGCGCAGACCUCCUGGAGCUGGACUGUCAGCUGACCCGGGACGGUGUGGUGGUGGUGUCCCACGACGAGAACCUGUCCCGCCAGUCAGGCGUGAACAGGGAUGUGAGCAGCCUGGAGUUUGAGGAGCUGCCCCUCUACAAGGAGGAGCUGGAGAUUUACUUCUCACCAGGCCACUUUGCACAUGGGUCAGACCGGCACAUGGUGCGUCUGGAGGAUGUUUUCCAGAGGUUCCCUCGGAUGCCCAUGAGUGUGGAGGUCAAAGAGGAAAACCAGCAGCUCAUUCACAAGAUAGCCAGCCUGGUGAGGCACUUUGAUCGCAAUGAAAUCACCAUCUGGGCCUCGGAGAAGAGCUCAAUCAUGAAGAAGUGCAAGGCUGCCAACCCCGAGAUGCCGCUCUCCUUCACGAGAUGCCGAGUGAUCCGGCUGUUACUGCUGUAUUACCUGGGGCUGCUGCCCUUCGUCUCUAUCCCUGAGAAGUUCCUCUUGUGCUUCCUGCCCACCAUCAUCAACAGGCUCAUCAUGAGGAAAAGUCUGAUCCAGCACCUGGAGCAGCGAGGAGUGCAGGUGGUAUUUUGGUGCCUUAACGAAGAGUCGGAUUUUGAAGUGGCCUACAGUCUGGGGGCCACUGGCGUCAUGACCGAUUACCCCACGGCCCUGAGGCGCUACCUGGACAACCACCGAGCAGCGGCCCAAGUCUCCUAAGCCGGGGGCCCAUGCCCUCAACAAUGUUUCUCUUUCCCAAUAAAUAUUUUUUUAGUCAAGA